UAGAGGAGCCAAAUUUGAAAACAUUCUAACCAAGAGUGGUUCAGCCUUCGUAAAUAUGAAGCCGAAGACAGUAGAAAAAGAUAAAAAUCAAAACAUCAAGGUGUCAGUAAGAUGCAGACCAAUAAAUUCUCAGGAAAAGAAACAAGGCUCAUUUUCUGUGCUUGAAUGCAAUGCUGAAAAAAAGGAGGUCACUGUAAAAGAACGUCUAGGUGUAAAUCCCAACACCAAAUCCUUCUUCUUCGAUCAUGUUUUCCCGCCAUCGUCCAAACAGAUGGAUGUCUAUCAGUCUGUGGUCACUCCCAUCAUCGACGAAGUUCUCUCAGGAUACAACUGUACUGUCUUUGCGUAUGGUCAGACUGGUACGGGAAAGACCUUCACUAUGGAGGGGGAUCGCACAGAUGACCCAGAUAUUUCCUGGGAAGAAGACCCCUUAGCUGGUAUAGUUCCCAGAGCUAUGAACCACAUAUUUGAACAGCUGAAAACUCAGGAUGUGGAGUUUUCUGUGAGAGUCUCAUUUUUGGAGCUUUACAACGAAGAAUUAUUUGACCUUUUGGGAUGUGGUGAUGACACACUGAAGCUCAAGAUAUACGAGGACAGUACAAAGAAGGGUUCUGUAAUCAUUAACGGCCUGGAAGAAGUUGUGGUCCGCAACAAGAAUGAAGUCUUUGAGAUCUUGGAGCGAGGAACAGCUCGUAGACAAACUGCUGCAACAUUGAUGAAUGCACAUUCUAGUCGUUCGCACACAGUGUUUUCAGUGACGAUUCAUAUCAAAGAGAGCAACAUUGAAGGGGAGGAACUCCUGAAGACAGGAAAAUUGUAUUUGGUGGAUUUAGCCGGCAGUGAAAACAUUGGUCGUUCAGGAGCUGUAGACAAACGAGCCAGAGAGGCUGGCAGUAUAAACCAGAGUUUACUUACCCUAGGCCGAGUGAUUACUUCUCUGGUGGAGCAUGCCCCUCAUAUACCCUACAGGGAGAGCAAGCUGACCCGCCUACUACAGGACUCCCUUGGGGGCCGCACCAAGACUUCCAUCAUUGCUACUAUCUCACCGGCAGCCUGUAAUUUGGACGAGACCCUGAGUACAUUAGACUAUGCUCACCGUGCCAAGAAUAUCCAGAACCGUCCAGAAAUCAACCAGAAGCUCACCAAGAAGACUCUAAUAAGGGAAUACACAGAGGAGAUCGAGAGACUCAGGAGAGACCUGCAGGCUGUUCGCGAGAAAAAUGGAAUUUACCUGGCAGAGGAAAACUAUGUAGCCAUGCAGAAUAAGAUUGCACAACAAUGUGAGAGCAUUAAGGACAUGGAAGAGAACAUUGAUGUAUUGACGGAGGAGAUGAAGAGGCUGACUGAGGUUUACACAGAUACAGAACUGAGACUUGAGGAGACAACAAAAAACUUGACUGUCACCACAGAUAACCUGAUAAAAACAACGGAGAACUUACAGGGCACUCGACAAGAGCUGAAGGUCACUACACAGGACCGUGAUGAACAGAAGUACCUAGUGGCAGAGCAUGUGUCUACAGAGACCUGUUUGUAUGGCGAGGCUAAAGAGUUACUGGCCACUGUAGACUCUGCCCUGUCAGAUAUUGACGGUCUUCACAGCAAGCUGGAUAGGAAGAAGGAAGUAGAGACGAGUAAUGAGGAAUGUCAGCUACAGUUCAAGGAACGCUUUCAGAACCAGAUAAGUCAGAUGGAGGAAGGUGUCAGCAGCUUCUUAACGACAACAAAGAAAUAUCAGACCAGUCUGUUAGAUAAUACAGUGAGUCUGCUACAGCAACAGCAGGACCAGACGUCCGUCACCUGUCAGUCGGUAACUGACCACCAACAGAGACUGACUGACCGGGCGGGGGUUGUCAGUCAGCACAGCAGUGACCAGACUGACCUACACUCAGCAUGGCUGGACAGAGUUCAAGAAGCUACAGCAUCUACGCAAUCAGAGCAAGCUGAAGCACUAUCAGAUUUCCAGACAAAUGUGUUUGAGCCAGCUGUUCAGCAUGCAGUGGACUCCAACAAAAUCUCUGCCACCAUCCUUCAGAGACAAAUAGAACUUUUAAACGCUCAGAAAACUGAGCAAGAACAGAUAGUGAACAAAUUCAUGUCCACAAUCACAGCUGGCAUGGAGAAUCUGACCACACUGAUGGGGGAUUUCUUCACACAAAUGACGGCUGACCUUGACGAGACGGAGAGGCAGACAGCGGAGGAAGAAAGACUGGAUAAGGAACUGGAGGAAAAAAUAAUGCAGCACCAACAGAAACGUUUGGAACUGGUAAAACAGACAAGGAAUCGUAAGCUAUCCAGACAGCAGGCAGUGCGACAAUUCCACGACACCUUAAUAGGUAAUCUACAGGAAGUGCAGACAGGAGCCGACCAGACAAAGCCAGAACUGAUGGGAGUUGUAGCCUCUAACUGUACCAACAACCAGACUGACCUCUCACAGGUGCUGACUGAGGUGGACAAGUCUACAGGGACGUGUGAGGACAUUAGACAGAAAGUCAGAGAAAUCAACAGCCACACCCAGCAGGUUUGGGUGCAGCAUCUAGCAACAAUUACAGAGAGAACUGCUGAGCACAGGGAAGUGAUACGAUCAGGACAGGAACACCACAACACCUUAACACAGACUCUGAUCAAGGAGGGCCAAAGUCAUACAGAUAACCUGGUGUCCCAGCUGCAAGGAAACCUACAACAGUGGGUCGCCCACACCCAGGACAGACAGACAGACAUGGACACACAGGCACAGUUAACUGCUGAUUGGUCAAAUAACUUGUCAGCUGACCUACAAAGACAUUCACACGAUGUGGAGGCUUUUCUGCACGAGGAACUAAGGAAAGACAUCCCAACAGGUAAAACUCCACAGAGAAGAAACAUGACGUACCCGCUACAGCUGACAAAGACCUCUGAGCAUGACAUCUUACUCGACGACUUCAGAGCCGACUACGUCAGUGACCCACUUGUUACAGACCUAAGCAGUUCUCUGGACGCUGUGGCCGAGUCAAGUCAAGUUAGUAAGAGGAGUGAGACGGAGGAGGUAGAAUCUGCUCCUAGUGAGGUUGGCAGUGAAUCUUCCUGUACGUCUGGGGUGUCCAGCUUUAGCAAAGCAAGUCGAGCGAGCAGCAAGAUGUCAAGUAAAGAAAACAAAACCAGGAAGCCAAAGUUGCCUUCUAAAGUGAAACAGAACAAUGUUAACACAACUCCCAGAGGCAAGAGUCGUCUCCCUUUGAAAUCUCACAACCCAACAGAGGCCUGAUACAGCAAUUCAUACAAAAUGUUUUCAGCAAAACAAUAUUUAAUCUAUCCAAGGUGUUUUAAAGUCUAAGAUGAUUUUUUUUUACAUUUUAUUUAAUUUGUUUUUGUCCUAUUCAGUGUUAUUAACGACGACGGAUUCGAUUACAAAGACAAUUGUUGUACACAUCUCAUACUGCUGGUUUUAAACAAAUCUAUUGUUCAUUACACUAGGAUUACCUUGCUCUACAGUGUAUGUACUAGGGUACUGAAUUAAAUAGAUCAUCAUACAGGGAUAAGACAUUUCCUUGUGUGGUCACUUCUGUACAUUGUAUGAUCUGUAGUGUAACAUCACUGAAUUAAAUGAAUCACUGUUCAGGGGUGUGGAAUUUGCUUUUAUGGAACUCAAAUGUGUGCAAUUCUAUGAUUGGUAAAUAUUAAGUGUCUUAAAGCUUAAAAGACUGAUGUUAUUUUGAGACUGUCUGUUAUCAUUUCUAGGAAGUUUUAUCAUAAACUGAGUAAGCAGGGUUGACAGCCAAUUUUUUUAAUUAGACCCUUUGUUUUUUAAAAAAACAUCUUGGCUUGUGUAGAUAAUAGGGGAUAUUUAAUAGUUUCCUGCACAGGGGAAAAGGUCAGUAUAUUCUGGUUUAACGGGUGAAAUAUAUAUGGUAUUCAAUGGCAAAACCAUUAAAUUUUCUAUAAUUUGCGUUUUAAAACUAUUUAUGUUAAAAAAAUUAUUACAUCAAAUGGUUGGAGAUGCAAUACCAGUGACAUCUCAUUUCCUUUCUUAUGACAUCUUGCCAUGUUUCACCUUUCAUCAUAUUUCAUCACUCAUCACCUUACUACACAUUUCAUCUCAUCACAUUUCAUCUCUCAUCACAUUUCAUCUCUCAUCACCUUUCAUCACGACACUUUUCAUCUCUCGUCACAUUUCAUCUCUCAUCACAUUUCAUCACGUUUCAUCACUUAUAACAUUUCAUCUCUCAUUACAUUUCAUCACU